AUGACAGACGGUGCGAAGCCCGGCACAAAGGACAGCGCCGCGGGGAGCGGCGCUGCGCCGUCGUCUUUGGCGUCACCGGCGGCGGACACCAUCACGACUCUGCUGCUGGGCGUGGCUGUAAGAGCGACAAUACAGGAGGAUUUGGACUACGCCGCGGAUGUUCUACGCCGCGCUGUCGCGCGGACCACACGCGUGUGGACGCAGAACACCGCGCUCCAUGACACAUCGGAGAAGGCGCGGAUGAGGGCGGCACUUGUGCUGGACACCGUCAACCGCAUUGAAGAGGCAUCGGGGACGAAAUGA